AUGAGACGUGCCGUCAAGGAAUCCGUCGUCAAGUCUGACAUGCUGCUGGGCCGGAUCGUGAAAAUGAGCCAAAUCGGCAUCGACAGAAUACCCUGCGCACAGGUUCGCUGCCAGAGGAACGAAUUCAACACGUACCUGAAAACGUAUUUCGCCAGAUCGUUCGACUACUGGGCCAUCGACCGGAGCAACGUCGGGGGCCUCGGCGACACCGUCCUCAUCCGUUCGAUUGACGAACUUUCCCAGCGCCCAACAGCCACGGUUACGCACAAAAUCGACCGGGUUGUUUCGCAAUAUGGAAACGUAAUCGACCCAGUGACGAAAAAGCGCGUGAUCAAGGACGAGUUUGUCGAUGACCUAGAAUUGAAGAGAAAAUUGGUUACGGAAAUUGUGGAAGAGCCGUUUGAGCAGGAGUCUUUACUAUUUGAUGAGCGACGAUCAUUGCAAAGAGAACGACUGGAAGAAGCGAUGGCCGAGCCACAUACAAGUGCGGAUGCCUUGAAGAUUAAGCCC